AUGACUCGCCGAACUAAAUCUCGUCGAACGCAUGGGCUAGGAGCUUGCACGACAUGCCGACGUCGACAUGUCAAGUGCGAUCAGAAACGGCCUUCAUGUGAAACAUGUCGUUCAAUGGGGUUCACUUGUGACGGAUUUCCUGAUGAGGUGCGGUGGAUGCCGGAAAAACGGCAUCUUCCUUCGCAAGAACCUCAAAAUGAGAAGCGCAGUCAUACGAAGAGAAAUGGCCUACGACGCCAUUUAUACAGCGAACAAUCAAGGAUUUCGAUGGGCACUUCCCUGAACAGGGGCCUGUUAUCGGGAUCCGUUGAUGCUUCUUUAGAAGAGAUUGAAGCAAAAUCAGCAUCAUCGUUUCCUAUACAGGGUGAUAUCAAGAUUGGGCCGUUUGCUGUCCUGAAUUUGACUUCUGCCUUUGUUGAACCACGGGGCUCAUUCGCCAGCAAUACUGCAGACAAGGCAACCGAACAAUCUCAUCCCGAAGCCUCCAGUGAUAGACUACAUUCAGCUCAUCCAUCUUUCGCUUCCGAAGAGUUGCUAGGAUUCCCAGAUGAUUCAUUACAGUGGUCGGACAUCUUUGGUCUCAAUGAUAACUUGUACGGGAUUACGUCCAAUUUCUCUUUCGACUCGAUGAACUGCCCAAAUUUUCCCUCUUCUUCCCGUUGGCUUGUUUCCGAGAGCGAGAUGUACAAUACAUCUUUGGCAAUAAAUCUGGAUUUAACGCAUAACAUGGGUCACGAGGAACGACAGACACAUUGCACAAACAUCCUACAGACUACUUCGGACAGCGCGGUAGCCUCAAUUGAUAUUCUCAAUGAUGCUUCCUUUCUGCUCAAGAUUUUUCAAAAGCACGUUGUAUCUCAAUUUACUAUCGUUCCUCUUGGCAAGAAAGCACCGUGGAACAUAUUGAAUCUGCCCGCUGCAAUAAUAACGCUUGCAGAUUUAACAGUCAUGGAGUCGCAGGAUGUUAGCCAUGCCCGACAGGCUAAUCUCUUCAGUCUUAUUUCAUGCUCUGCUAUGUACCUGUCUGUUACGCCGGGUGAUUCAAUCUCGAUAACCCACUGGCAGCAAGUUGCCAAUCAAGCAUAUCUUGAGGCCCAGAAUCACAUGCGCAUCUCACUAAGUGAGGAGACAGAAGGUCCAGCUAAAGCCAAGUAUAAGGACCAGCUCAUGGCAAUAUGUGCGAUGAUAGAAUCAGCGAUCUUCCUCGGUCAACACCAAGCCGUGCGAUGCUAUAUGAUCGAUGCUGAACGACUUCUGCGGCUGCGCGGAGUAGUCAAAAGCAAGACAUCGCACAAGGCUCGCCUACUAAUAAAUGUCUACUCGUGGCUGCGCAUCGUGGGUGAAAGCACCUAUAUUCUCCACGACUUUGGCCCUUCAAACUUAUUCAUCGAUUCUCUAAGUCACCAAAUUCGGACCUGUGGACCACCCAGGAGACUUGAUGGUCGUUCAUCGACGACGGGGCAUAAUGUCCGUCUAGACGAUUUUCUCGACCUAGAGCAUUCGGAUGACGACCUUAACAUCGACGAGCCAAAGGACCAGAACAGGGAUAUCCCCGAUAUUCACCUCCAUGACUCGAGAAAAUCCGAGCACACUCUUUCAAAACAAGCCUAUGGCCUCUCGGAGACUUGGCUAAGCUUAGUCUCCCAAACUAUCCGGUUGGCCAACGUUUUAGAAAAAAUGAACGCCGCACAAGGCACCGAAAUGCAGAUAGACUCCAAGAUCUGGAAUUUUUUGCAAAAACGGAGUAAUCGCCUCGAAAAUGUGAUCCACUCUUACGGUAUUCGGAACAAUGAUCUUGAUCCAUCAGAAGCACCGUUAUCGCCUUACUCCCAUGUUCUGCGAGCUUUUAACUCUGCACUGGUGAUUCUCUUCUACAGGCGAGUUCGAAGAGUGCACCCAGGAAUUUUACAAGGCCAUGUUGACGGUAUUAUUACUGCUCUAACGUCCUUGCAUGCUAUGUUACCAGAGGUGGAACACACUGGUCCUGGGACACUAUGGCCAAUUUUCCUAGCUGGUUGCGAGGCCAUGACAAAUGAAAGACGGUGUGCUAUAUUAAAGCUAGUGAAACGAUCACAGGAAAGAUGCGGUCUUGCCCCUGUCAAGAUUGCGGAAGAUACCAUGACUGCUUUAUGGAAAAGACAGGACGAGCAUUUGGUGGCCAAUCGUCGUGAGCCCUUCCCGACCUGGAUGGAUAUUCUGAAGGAACAAAAAACUUGGCCUUUAUUUUGUUGA